UUUGCUUUAAUAAAACUUUUACUUCCCUGUUUUAAUUCGUGAGGUUUACAUGCACAGUCAUGUACGUACUCGUUUUAAUCCUAGGGAUUUUUAUGUUUUCUUCUGCGUACGAAAAUCUUGCUCUUCGGAAACCGGCUUGGCAGAGUUCAACACAUAAUUCCACUGUAUCCGGUCCAGAGAAAGCUGUUGACGGUUCAAAAACAGACUUAUCCUAUACUGGACAAAAGUGCAGUGUAUCAGCUGAUAAAAGGAGGAAUGCUACCUGGUGGGUUAACCUCACAGACAUUGUUAGCAUAGAUUACAUUGUGAUCUAUUACAGAACGGACAAUGUUGCAUGGGUACCAUCAAAUCAAUACACUGGCAGAUUUAUGGGAUUCUACGUGUACAUUUCAAACACAACAAACAAGGAAGAUGGUCACUUGUGUUUUCAUGACAGAAACUACACUAGAGGAACAAUACCAGCUGUCGCAAACAUAACCUGUCCCUUUCAUGGACAAUACGUGAUUUACUAUAACGAGAGACCAGUGAGAGACAGUUACACGACAGGACCCUCUACAUAUGCCUUUAUUGAACUUUCUGAGGUCGAGGUUUACGGCUGUUCAAGUCCAAGGCGUUACGGAUCUGAUUGCUCAGAGGUCUGUCCAACAAACUGCAAGGAGUACUGUAACAUAGAAUCGGGAAAUUGUCUACAAUGUUUCCCUGGUUACAGAGGGGACCGCUGUGACCAAGGUAGGAAGUCUAAAUAA